AUGGUAGGAAUUACUAGUCAAGAUACAGUAAUUGCACUCAUCUCAGAAAGUACUCAGAAUGUUGCAACCAUUAUUCCAGAUGUCAAAGUGGUUGCAUUGAGCAAUGCUCCACAAAAUCUGGAGUUAACAUCUCCUGAUAUUCAAAAAGAUAUUGUAAAUGUGACCACAUUUGAAACUAUCAAUGUGAUUAUUAGAGAUCUUGGUGAUGCACUUUUUUCUAUUUUGAUUGAUGAAGCCCAUAACAUAUCAAUCAAGGAGCAAAUGGCAGUUGUAAUACGAUAUGUUAACAAAAAAGGCCAAAUGAUUGAGCGCUUUUUGGGUAUUGAGCAUGUUGCUAAUACGAAUGCUCUCUCACUCAAACAAGCUGUGGAAAAUUUAUUCUCCAAACUUGGAUUGAGUAUUUCUAGAUUGCGGGGUCAAGGAUAUGAUGGGGCUAGUAAUAUGCAAGCCAUGACAAAGAAUCAUGAUCAAAUUGCUUUACUUUUCACUUUGGUUUCUAAUGUGGUGAAUGUUGUUAGAGCAUCAUUGAUUGAUGUACUUGAAAUGAUUUCGGAGGAUGGUUCAAAUUCAGAACAACGAGCAGAAGCAAAUGUAUUGUUGGACUCAAUUCAAUCAUUUGAGUUUGUAUUCAACCUUCAUUUGAUGAAAGCGAUAUUGGCUAUUAGAAGUGAGUUAUCGCAAGAAAAACAAAAGAAAGAUCAAGAUAUUGUUAAUGCCAUGAAUUUAGUUCAAAUUUCUAAAGUACGGCUCCAAAAGAUGAGGGAGAGUGGGAGGACAUCUUUACUUGAUGAUAUUUUGUCUUUUUGUGAAAAGCAUGAAAUUGAUGUUCCGCAAAUGGAUGAUGUGUUUGUAGCUCGAGGGAGAAAAAGGCGCAAUGCUCAAGAAAUUACAAACUUACAUCACUAUCACGCUGAGUUAUUCUACACUAUUUUGGAUAUGCAAAUUCAAGAACUAAAUGCUUGUUUCACUGAGUCGAACACUGAGUUGUUACUUUGUGUGACAUGUUUGAAUCCGUUUAACUCUUUCUCUAGUUUUGACAAGAAAAAGUUAAUUCAUCUCAUCGAAUUUUAUCCCCAAGAACUUUCUUUAGUGGAGCUCUUGGUAGUUAAUGAUCAACUUAAUACAUAUAUUAUCGACAUGCUAUCCAGUAGUGAGUCAUCAAGGUUGAAUGGAAUUGCCAAUCUUGCUAAGAAAAUGGUGGAGACUGGAAGAGAUAAAAUAUAUCCAUUGGUGUAUUUGCUCUUGACUUUAGUAUUAAUCUUGCCUGUAGCAACUGCUACUGUUGAGAGGGUAUUUUUAGCUAUGACUAUUGUGAAGAAUCGGUUGUGGAACCGAAUGGGUGAUGAAUGGAUAAAUGAUAACUUGGUUGUCUACAUUGAGAGAGAGAUUUUUGAUGUCAUUGACAAUGAUACUAUCAUGGAAAGAUUUCAAAAGAUGAAAGAUGAAAACUCGUUGGGGUUAAUUGUAAAAGUUUAA